UUUCCACUGUUUCCACUCUGGCGAUGGCUAGAUAGGAAGAAGCAGUGUCGACGAUGAGAUAAAAUCAGAAAAAAAGAGUUACAGGUGAGGAGGAAGCAGAUCGGUCCAUGAUUGGUUCAGGCGAACUGAAUCGAUUGCCGUCGGCGACCCUCCGGUGAUGUUUCGGUGACAUAUUUCAAUGACCAUUUUCUACCUCAAAUUAUCGGAAUCCAGCAUAGCAAGCAGGAGUUAAGCUCUUGAUCCAUGUAUCCCGGAAUGGGAACACAAGUGCAUUAUAAAGGCUACUUACCAGCUUAUUACUCCAUGAGGGACCUUAGUGAGGAUUCUAACAGUAGUAAUUGGCCUUUAUUUUAUGAAGAUAAGACCUUCUCAAAUGGACAAUACUGUAAUGGUUUCAUGUCAAGGACAACAACGGAUGCAUAUCCAGGAUAUAAUAAGGAUGUCCUAAAGGAGAAAAUGCUUGAACAUGAGUCCAUAUUCAAGAAUCAGGUGGUGGAGCUGCAUCGCCUUCACAGAAUUCAGAGGGAUAUGAUGGAUGAAAUUAAAAGGGAAGAACUGCACAGACUUCGGGCAUCAAUGGAUCCAUCCUCCUCAUCAAGCCACAUAGGAUCUCAAGUACCAUCUGAAGAUGCUCGGAAAUGGCAUAUCACCAGCUUCCCCUCAGCAAAUUCUGGUUGUCCUAGAACAUUUAAAUUGGGUACAGAAGUUGUUAAUUCUCCCUUGAGAUUUUCAAAAGGGAACAGUGAAUGUCAAUUGCGAAAUGGUUGUUCUUCGAAUAUCUGUGAAGUGUUGGAGGUUAGACCCUCAAAAGUCCGGAAAAUGUUGUUUGAUCUUGAACUUCCAGCGGAUGAGUACAAUGAAACAGAUAGCAGUGAGCAGUUGCAGGUUAAUGGAGGAUCUUUCAAUCCAAGUUAUCGUGUUAAUGGAAAUUACACAGUUGCUCAAGAGAGUAGUGCAAAAUUGUUUCAUGGUGAUGAUGCUGUUGCGAAGAGUAAUUGCGGAAACAACGCCUCAACUUCCAGUACAUGGUUUAGAAGUUCAAAUCUGUUGACUGAUCUUAAUGAACCAGCUCAGCUUGAAGAAGCAAAUCCAGCACCUGUUGAUUUUCUCGGUUAUGGUAAUAAUCAUAGGGAGAGUAGAGGCCUAAAUGUUUCUGCUAAAUCAAAUCCAGCAUUUGUGACUUCUCCAAGAGAAACCACAUGGAACUCCCAUCACGCAAGCCCUAAUGGCUCCUUAAAUAGCCUGUAUAUUGCCAAUAAAGGCAAAGAGAGGGAUUGGUUUUCUUCUUCAUAUGGAACUGGUAACAUCAAAGGUAGCAUGGCUCCAGCACCUCAGAGUCUUGAACAAGACAAGUUCCCUACUCCUUUCCAUCAGGUACACGUAAUGCUUAACAAAGCUUAUCAACCUCCUGGAAUCCAUCUAUUUCACCAUACAAGAAAUGACCCUUGGAAACAGAGAGCAGUGCAUAGUUUAGAGACAUUUCAUAUAAAUCGUGAACCCAACUAUACCCAUGUGAGAUCGUUUGAUGGUUCGCAGAUGAGUCCCCAUCCAUUUGCAAAUUCCUCGGUAUUACCCAAUUCAUGGUCACGCACAGUCUUUUCUCGGGGGAAACCAAGUGGUGACUUUACUCAGAGGCCUUCAUCAGUUCAUACAAGCCCGUCGUUGCUCUCAGCUUCAGUAAACAAGAGUGGACAGGCAUCUCAGAGCCAUGGCUUUUUUGGAGAGAAGUGGCAAAUCAGUGAUAGGUCUAAGUUGAAUCCUGGUUUGGCUAGUGAUCUACCUAUCUUGGGCAGGUUUGACCAGGGAUCUUCUUCGGCCACCAAAGUAUCGCCAGUGUGCUUCCCUUCAGUUGCUUUUGACUCUUUGGACCGUGCUAAGGUUGAGCCUUUGACAUCUGAGCGAUUAUCUACUAAUGGAUUUCAAAAAAUUCUCAAUAGCCCCAAUUAUAGGAACUCAACGUCUGAAAAAGGUUUCGAUUUGAAUCUGUUGUCUGAGAGUUCUCUAGAUGAGGAAACACCCGAGUUUGAUAUGAGGUUGGUUGAUGGAAAAAGAGAGCUUCAAGACCCUCUAUCAGUGUUACCAUGGCUUAAAGCUAAGCAAUGUCGUAGAAAUGAGGACACAGAUACCAUGAGAGGUGUAAACUCAACAGCAUCUGGGUUUCCCCAAGCGUAUGCAAGCCCACCUUCUUGCCAGACUAACACGUUAAAAAAUGCUUCAUCUCUGGAAGAUUGCAAUGCAAGUGCCACAAAAGAGUUUGGGGAAACCCGAAGUAUCCAGAAAAUUCUCGGGGUUCCAAUUCUUGAAAAUUCUUUGGCUUCCAAAACUGAAUCAUCUUCUCUUGUUUCCACUUGUGUUACUCUUCAGUUCUCACCUGAGGGUGAAAAUUUUGGACAUGAACGGAGGAAGAUGUUGAUUGACAUUAACAUGCCUUGUGAUCUUUCUAUGACUGAGCCUGAGAAACCAGAUGCUAUCGAACCACUCGUUCCUGAGAAGGUGAUGGAGACGAAAGUCAACAAUAUCAGAAGUUGCUUCGAUUUGAACUCGUGUAUUACUGAAGAUGAGGAUCCUUUCUCUGUUGAAAGCAAUAAUGUCGGUGUGAAGGCUGUUCUGGAGAUAGAUCUGGAAGCACCUUUUGUUUUGGAUGCUGAACAAACAGAUUUGCAAAUGGAUAUGCCUGAAGAAGAUGACAAGCAAUACGAGGAAUGCUCACAAUUGGUUGAAGACAAUCCUGAGCAAAAACGGGAUGAAAUUGACAGGAUUGCAGCGGAAGCAAUUGUUGCCAUCUCAUUAUCCAGUCAGUGCAUUCUCAUGGAGGAAGCCUGCUGUGAUCCAUCUGAUGAUCCAUUGGAAUCCUUACGUUGGUUUGUUGAUGUAGUCUCUUCUUUUGCUGAUGAACCUGAAAACGGGCCUGAAAGAGGAACAAUAAGUGAGGAUGUUGCAAUUGUUGCACAUUCAACUGCUAAGGAAUUAGAUUACUUCGAGGCAAUGACAUUACAACUGACGGAGACCAAGAAAGAAGACUACAUGCCAAAGCCUUUUGUUCCUGAAUUCCAAACAGUGGAAGAUGCAGGCGCCACUUCACUAACAAAUCGACCCCGUAGAGGGCCUGCUAGGAGGGGAAGGCAGCGUAGGGACUUUCAGAGAGAUAUCCUUCCUGGUCUGGUUUCCUUAUCAAGGCACGAGGUGACUGAAGAUCUUCAGACAUUUGGAGGAUUGAUGAGAGCUACGGGGCAUACUUGGAGCUCUGGAUUGACAAGGAGGACUGGCAGCAGGAAUGGAAGAAGCCGGAGAACAGUGAUUGAAUCCAUUGCCCCUGUCACUGUGUUAACCACAAUAAGUCCCCCUCUACUGCACCAACUUAAUAAUAUGGAAGGUAGUUUGGAGGAUAAAAGCCUUACAGGGUGGGGGAAAACAACAAGACGCCCUCGGAGGCAAAGAUGCCCUGCAGGCAAUCCUCCUGCCCCGUUAACUUAAAUGCGGGAACCAGGGUGUUAUUUGUCAAUUCAUCAUUUAUAGAGAUUGAGAUAACAGAUUAGGGACUUAAUGAAAUUGAGUGAAGUUAGCUGUGGGGAUUGUCUUUGUACAUGUCUUUGUAGCCCCCCAUUCUUAUAUAUCUUCCAUUGGCUUACUAUCAUAUCCCGGAAGAUCGCUUAUAUAAUUUCUUGUGGAUUUACACAGCAUUCCUUUGGAUAAACAUAUUUCCUACCACUAAGCUUAGGCG